AAUAUUAACUUCGUAACAAAAUACGCUCGUUAAGCUUAAAAAAUGUAGGCAAAAAAUAAUUGCUUGUUGUUGUUUUUGUACUGACGUCAUUGAAAGCUAAUUUGGAUAUCACGAUAUUUCACAAAUUGCCUUUUGUUUAAGAGUUCGAUGAAAAACCCCUUAAUAUUUUAACUAAUUAAAGCUUGUUUUUCCCUUCGUGUCAACCCGUUUUCUCAGUACACAGCCGGAUGGUUCGGGGUCUCGGCGAUUAACCCGUUGAGAAAUUCAAACGACCAGGUUGAACACGUCGGGGGUGGCGUUAAGCUUCGAAGGGGUGGGGAAAAGAUAGUAAGAGAUUUGACCGCCCCCAGUGAGAUGUUAACCACUGUGCUGGUUGCAUCGGUGCUCGCCGUCUCAGCUCAGACAGAUUAUUAUACGGAUAUGGACCAAGAAGAGGAGGGUCUGGGUGUCGGAAAUAACACAGCUCUCGGUACACAUCUUGGAGCACUUUGUACAGACAGUUGCAAUCCAGACCUGAUAAACGUCGUUUGUAAGGCAGAUUCGAAAAGGUGCGAUUGCAAACCAGGGUAUCCAGUUCGCCUCGACCUGUACACCGGCUGUGCCAAACCUGUAAAAUUGGGAGAUCAAUGUUUAUACCUGGAAACGUGUCUUUUCACCGAUCAAAACGCAGACUGUGUGCAAAUUAGGCACAAUGCCAUCUGUCAGUGUAAAUCAGGCUUCCACACCGUGACUAUACCCAAGCCCAAGAGGGUUUUCUGCUCAGAAGAUGUUGUUGUGAUAGCGACGGACAUGUCGACGCUUCUCGGCGUAGCGACUGGUUUGGCUGUCCUGACUGCGCUUAUAUGCUUCGUACUUAAGCUAUUUGUCGGCGCUAAGCCUAGGCAUUACGCAAAUUCGAAUUUAACGCCGUCGAUCUACUUCGAUCAAACAGGUAAGGAUUCAAGCCAGGAUUAAUUUUGAUGCGUUGAAAAUAAUAUAUUGAAAGAGAACAGCCUAUAUCUCGAAGGUGAUAAGACGAACGGUUCGGAUAAGAUGAUACUAGCGGCAUCCUUUUUUGUAUUCGGCUUUGACAGAUUUCAUUUCUUAUAAAUUACCCUUUAGGUUUUUUAUUUUUCCAAAUCGAGAUUGCAUACUUCAUAAUUUCCAUAGUUUCCAACAUCCUAGUUAUACUAAUUGUAUUUAUUACAUGAAAGAGCUUUUGUAUUAAUAGUCGGUUUAUAAAGAAUCUUGAGAUUACGUUCAUUAAUUAAACCUCUUUGAACGCCCUCAGCUUUUAUGACCGAGCUUGAUCUUUAAAGUCUGACUAAAGCUCUUCAUAAAUUUCGCAGCCUGGCAUGAAUGAGCCUGUUAUUGAAUUCACUUAUGAGAAAAUUUACACUCCAUUACGCAAUAGUCAAAUCGAAAAAAAUAACUACAAACUUGCUUUUAAAGAGAAUUUUCAUUAUGCAGUUUUUUCCUUCAAGCAAUAUUCCAGUUUAUGUCCAUGCAUUGUUUAUAUAUAAAAAGCUAUAUUUCUCAUUUAUUUUAUUAAGGUUAUUUGCCAUAUUAGCUAAAAAUUGUCAAUAAAUUAAGGAAUGCCAAUAAAAAAAAGUAUUAAAUAAUUAGUACAAGCGAGGUGCAGUUUUUCAACUGUGUCCAGCAUUAUAUAACGCAUGUUAAUUUGAAACGUCAAAACAUAACCAAUGAUAAUAAUAUGAAAUAGUUUUAAAACGAAAGGAGAGUACAUAUAUUUUGUGUAAAAAAAUAUAUAUUUUCCAAUUUGCUCCGUUGUAUUGUGAGCACACAGGGUAAAUUAAAUUGUACUAGAAAUUAAGAAAAUAUUUGUAAGAAAAAAAAAGUGUUUUUCAGGCAUUAUUUUUCGAUAAAGUUUUUGCAGGAAAGACUGGUUUUUUAUUUAUGGGCAUUUUGAAGCUUACAAUUUGUUAAUAAGGUUGUAGUUAUUUACUAGAAAAUAGCAGUUGUACGAUUUGUUAUAACUUAUUGGAAAGACCUGUUAUGGAACAUAAAACCAUUAUAUUAAAAUAAGAAAAAGUA